AUGAAGUCCUCACAGUUGACUAUAAACGGCCAGCAUUACAAUAAUACCCAUUUUACAAUUGGUUUAAGUCUUGCUAUUUCGUCAAGUGUAUUUAUUGGUGCUAGUUUCAUAAUUAAAAAAGUUGCUUUAAGAAAACUUCAAGCUUCAGGAAACGUAAGAGCAUCGGCAGGCGGAUUCGCCUAUUUGAAGCAAUGGCUGUGGUGGCUUGGCUUUAUAACAAUGGGUAUUGGGGAAGCUGCCAAUCUUCUAGCAUAUGCAUUUGCUCCUGCUGCUCUGGUAACACCACUAGGCGCGCUCAGUGUUCUUGUUGCAGCAGUGUUGUCUUCAAGAUUUCUGAAAGAAAAACUUAACUUCAUAGGGAAAAUUGGAUGUUUCCUAUGUGUUAUUGGAUCAGUGAUAUUUGUGAUACACUCACCAAAAUCAGAAGAAAUUACAACCUUUAGUGAGUUAGUUGAAAAACUAAUUGAUUAUUUAUUUUUAUCAUAUGUGGGGACAAUUUUGUUAAUGGGUUUAAUAAUUAAACUAGUCUUCAUACCAAGGUUUGGAAAUACUAAUGUGAUGGUAUAUUUAUUACUUUGUUCUUCAACUGGUAGUCUCACUGUAGUAUUUUGCAAAGGUGUAGCUUUAGGUGUAAGAGAAAGUUUUUCAGGAAAUGUUAACAAUUUUACUAACUAUAUUUUCUGGUUACUAUUUAUAACUGCUGUUUUUUGUAUAAUGAUUCAGAUGAAUUAUUUGAAUAAGUCACUUGACAUUUUCAAUACCAGUGUUGUUACUCCUGUCUACUAUGUCAUGUUUACUCUUCUUGUUAUUAUUGCAUCUGGAAUACUUUUUAAAGAAUGGGAUCAUAUGAACAUUCCUGACAUUGUAGGAUGUGUAUGUGGCUUUUUGAUUGUGAUCACAGCAGUAUUUAUGUUAAAUGCAUUUAAAGAUGUGAAAAUUGCAUUUAAAGAUUUAAACCUUAAUGCACGACACAGAAGAAGUGCAUUAAAUUUACAUGUUGAAGAGAGAGGGCCUGAGAACUAUGCAUUAAGCUCACGCAUGAGGCAUUUGUAA